AUGUCUGCCGAGCCUGAUCUCCGCAAGAAGGAGUUGGAGGAGCAACUGAAGAAUGACAAUCGCGAUGUCGCAGACCUAUGGAAGGAAGCGCUCAAGAGCUAUAAGGGCGUCGUUGGGUUCGACCUACAACGCAAAUUCGACAAUGUCCAGGGCAUGCUCGACUUUGGCACCGACCAGAUGAACAACUUCCACAAGUUCAGGCACGACAAGGGCAAAGUCGACCGCUUGAGGACUCUCUUCGCUUCCAACCUGGAUCUUGUGGAGCAGGGCGCCAAUCAAAUCAUAUCCGCGGCUUCGCCAGCAUUCCCACCGGCGGCGGCCAUCGGAACGGCUCUGACUUACCUGCUCCAGGCCUGCCGGUCCGUGUCGGCCGACUACGACAUCGUCAUCGUCUUCUUCGACGACAUGAACAGCUUCCUCACUAGAAUCACCAUCCUGGAGACCAGACUUCCCAAAUACAAGGCCUAUCAGAACUGCCUGAUGGAGGUCUUCACCUCAAUCCUCACAAUGUGUGGCUUCGCGCACAAGUACAUUGAGCUCGGCCGCUUCAAGAAGUGGAUCUCCAACCUGUUCAAGGGCGACGAUGGAGAGCUUGGGGGAGCGAGAUCCAACAUGAACAAGAGGCUAGAGCAUCUGCAGCAAGCCACCGAGUUUGCUAUUCUCGGGAACACCGAGGAGACGCUCAAGAUGACCGCCCAGCUUGAGGAGAACCAACGGUCUCAUUCUGAAAUGCUGGAGGAGGUCGGACAUGCUAUCAACACCAUUCACGAGAAUACAGCGAGCAUAAAAGACGACGUUGCAAAAUUGCUCAAGCUAUUUGGCGGGCAGAAGAAGGAGAAGCAGCCGGAGAAGCCGCAAGCGAACAAACCGCCGUCCGCUAAUGGCAUUCGGAACGCCAUGCCCGUGGUCGGCCAAGACGACCACGAGUACCAGGUCUUGAAGGAGACGCUUCUCACAGAUUCUUGCAGCUGGGUGUUUUCAGAGCCCGAGUGGGAAGAGUGGCUGAAUAUGAAGGACGGGACGCGCCCUAUUCUCGCCAUUACCGGGCAACCUGGCACCGGAAAGAGUCAUUUGGCCGCAUCGGUGCACGACAUGCUUGAGCAGAGGGCUAGGGAGGAUGACACGGGGCACACCUGUGUCGCCCACUUCUACUUCCGCGAGCAGGAAGAGAGCUUCGCGUGGUUUAUCUGUGGCAUGAUCACCUUGGUGAAUCAGAUCGCAGAGACUAACAACGCUGCCUGCGAGAAGCUGAACGCUCAGAUUGCGAGGGAUGACAUCGACCUCGACACCACGCUUUGGCGGGACAUCUCCAAGUAUCUGCUUGGGGCUGUCUUUGAGCAAGACUCUAAGUUUCACCUCUUUAUCGUAUUUGAUGGACUGGAUGAGCUGUCCGACUGGGAUAGCUUCAAGGAGUUCUUGUCCAAAUUCAUCGUGGACGAAAGGCUCAGGAUCUCGCUAGCGGUUACCUCCAGACCUGAGCGCCUGAAUGAUCUCCCUGAAGAUACCAAGAUGAUCCGGAUAGAAGCAACCAAGGAGAAGCAGCGCCAAGACCUGAAGUCUCUGAUCUGGCAUCAGAUCAACUCUCUCAACCAUUUAAGAAGAUUCAGUCGUUACGUCCAGCAAAGGGUCGCUGUCAAGGUGGAAGAGGCGUCUCCGAACAUGCUCUACGCAGAGCAUCUGCUCGUCCGUCUUAAUAAUCUAGGCCGCGAGGGUGCGGUCCUUAGAGCACUCGAGCAGAAGAAACCCGAGGAUCUUCACGAUAUCUAUGAGACUCUCCUCGCAGAGUGUCAGCGCCGAAUGCCGGUCAUCCAUCAACAGGUCGCCGCCUCACUGCUCCACUGGAUCGCUUUCGCCAAGCGAGGCUUGACGCUCACCGAGGUUCAGUCCCUCGUGAAGUGUCUGUCACAGGAUGACGAAUUUGAUAUUGAAGAGAUUCCCGAAUUCUUCUCCAAGUUCCUCAGAAUCGGAGACCCCGGCUAUGACGCUGAACUGCGAGCAAAGCACCAAGCCAGCACAGCCACUGCACAAGACUUGAGGAAGGACGACGAUAACGACGACGACGACAUUUAUGAGGAUGGACCCCUUCCGGUGAAGUUUCAGGAACGUUCCAUGAGGAAUUACUUCACCAACAGUUCCCAUGGAUCUUCUCUUUUCCGGUGGGGUCCCUCGGAGGCGCACCGCAGGAUUUUUCUGACAAGCACGAAGCUUGCCCAGCCUUCUCGAACGGAUGCGAGCGAGGACCUUCAAAAAUAUUGUGCCUUAUAUCUCUUCGCCCACUGGUACGACAUACAAAUCGAUCAGCACACUCCUGAGGAGCAGGUUGAGGUUCUAGAAGCGUUCGCCGAGGCGUUGUCCAACAAAACCGGGCUCUCCGAGAUGCUAGGCAGGGCUGGCAUGGUGUAUGAGAAGGGAUCAACCACGAACACCGACAGCAGAAUACGAUAUUGGGCGAAGCUUCUCGAGAAGCCAGAAAUCAAAGCGGCCCUUAGUGAAUUCGCGGUCGAAUGGUGGCAGCGUGUUGGUCAGGACCCUCCGACGAGUCGCCUCGGCCUGGCCAAGGGAUAUCUACGCGAACUGUACCAGGCACAAAGUUCUCAUGAUGCUAUUCAGGCGUGGGAACGCCUGAGUGGUGUUUUGAACGUGACUGGCCUAGGAAAACUACUCAUGGAACAGGCCUAUAUCAACUUUCCUGACCAGUUCAAGGAUAGCAAAGACCAUGACGACGACAACAACAAGGAGAAAGCUAAAGAGGAAGAUGGCUUUGAUGAAACAGUAGCCACCCUGGGUAUUCUGAACCUCUUCGGAGAUGAGAUCAAGCCCGAUGCAGGUGCCCACCGUGCCGUGUCACAGGUUCUUUUUGAGAAAGAUUACCUCAGGCCGGCUGAGAAGAUAUGCAGAACCGCUCUAGAGCUCUGCAAUCCCAGAGAUCAUGAGUGGUACAGAGCCUCUUGUGUUCUCUCUUACAUCCUGUUGUAUCAGAAGAAGAAGAAAGAAGCCUACGAUGUCAUCGACACCGCGGUCGCUGAACUACGGGCAAACGAGGUCCCCCCGCACCUCAAACGCAUCGUUCAUACAGCCUGCGCCAAGGCCCAGAAGAAAAUGGGUUAUCUAGGUCCAGCCCUCAAAUCCUAUGCCGACGCCAAAUCUGCCGACCCUGACGGCAUCACUCCUGCUGAGGACCUUGUUGGCGAGCUGAAAGUGCUCGACAGGAAGAGAGACAAGACCGAGUACAUCCAGGUUCUGAAGAGCUGGAGUCUUUUGGAGAGAAUCACCUGGCUGGCCUCAAAUUACGAGGACGAGGGUGAAGAGAGACAUUCCAUCUUCUGUGACAUCGCUUGCGAAACGGGCGAACAGGAGUUCAUGGUCAAAUUCUACGAGGAAGUGACUGGCUUCCUGGACAACCUCGACGCUGGCACGCCUCUCCGCUUGGAUCUUGCUCUCGUCUACUUUGAGGUCUGUCGGGAUCCUAAGAAGGCUCUUAAGACACUGGACGAGGUGUUUGACAGCCAUGCCACAGGCUUCUUGUUCCCGAUCACGGCCGUCACCGCAACCUGGAUGAUCCAGAGAGCCGUGGACACGAUGGUGAACGUCCAGGUAGAGCUCUUCCGCAAAUCCCGAGAUCCCAUCUACAAGGCGGAGCGACUGAACUCCCUCGCUGGCCUCAUGCAGCGGCCCUUUUCCCUAGAUGUCCCCCGAAUCUCUGCGUUCUACACCAGUCGGCAACGCGUAGGUCUGGCGUACAUGUACAUGGUCAUGGGCCCAGUGGCCAAGUUCCAAGAGGUACUGCAGUCCUUGCUGGACGACAGCUUUGCAGGCUUGAGUGACUCGGUCGGAUGGAACGACGGCCUGUAUCUCUGGAUGCUCGCCCAGGCACUGGCAAUUCUGAGCCGGGCACUGGGAAACGACGAGAAGCUCCGCCGAUACGCCCGGAUUGUCGGCUCUGGGCUUUUCUCCCGGCUGAGCAAAGGUGACAAUGAUGAAGAGAAAGAAGUCCGCGAGCAGGCCAUCGAUGGAGACAGUCGAAAGAAGCAGGUGGACAGCGAGGGCAAGCAGGAGGCUGUGGAUGACGGAGGCGCAGACAUGGACAGCGAUGACAGCGAUGACAGCGAGAUGGGCGACCCGCCCGAAGACGAGGGAGACCUACUGGGCUCCGACGAGGCGUGGUACGGCUGCGGAGGCUUCUGCAACCCGUCGCGCACGUUUCGGUGGUGGGGAGGCCGAUCGGCGUAUUUCUACGUGACGUUCGCGACGGGCAUAAUCUGCGAGGAGUGCCAGGCCGAGUACGAGACAAUCCAGCGCGGGGAGGGGACGUUCAAGGGCCGGUACUUCUACGGCAUUGGGCACGACCACCUUAAACUUCCUGUCGAAGGCUGGCGCGGUGUGAGGGAUGGUGUGUUGACGUUGGAGGGCGAGGAGCCGAUCACCGUGACCGACUUUAUCAAGAAGCUUCAGACUGAGGUGUGUGAGGAUGCAUGGGGUCGGCUUUGGGAGGGCGGGCUUAAGUGA